UGCCAUGUUUCUGCCAGUUUUUCAACAAAAAUAAACAAUACCGUCCAAUCGUUGAUAAAUCUAUCCAAUCCAGCGCCGAGUCUUCACUCGCCAACACCCCGGCAAGCCUAAUUUCCGCCUCCGAAAUGGUUCAGUUAAAGGCGGAGGUGUGGUCCCUGCGAAAUUCUUUGUCCGAUUCGCUUGCCAUCAACAACAACAUGCAGGAUGCCGUUACGCAAACGGUUGCCGAAAAAUACGCACUACUGGAAGAGCUGAACGGUGCCAAGAGUGAGGUGCUGCUGCUGGAGUCGCAGUGCCGGAAGGAGCGGGAUUUGUACUGUCAGGAGAAGGAUCAGUUUCUGCAGGAAAUUGCAUCCUAUCGGAUGAAAAUAAACGAGCUGUCAUAUCUCGUGGAUAAACUAUCCGAGCAAAACAUCGAGCUGAAGAAGUCAUUAUUUGAUGCGAACGAUUUAAUUCAUAAAGUUGGGAAAAAAUAUAUGAGAUUGAGAAAAAUGCAGUCACUUUAAAAAAUGAAAUUUAGCUAUGCACAACACAGAAAAUAUGGUGGAAUUUUUACAUAGGUAACGUGAAACUUUGGUAAUGUUUAUGUAAAAUUCUUGUACUUCAUUUGUGUCGGAAGAGCCCCAUCGUUCUGGUGUCAUAAAAUAUGUAAAAAAUAUAAAGUGUAUGAACGCAAGAUCCACCGUUCUCUGCAACACAAAACAACAGUAUCAGAAGACCCAAUUUAUGGCAUACAAAACUUGUUUCAUCUGUAGUGCGCUUGCAGGCCAGAAAUUUCACACCUGCAUCAAUUUGGCUGGUGACUUUCACAAGCAAAACAACACCGACAGCAGCGCAGCAAUCGUGUAGCAAAACCAUCAAGUCUGCUGGGACGAUUUUCACCAUCCUUCCCGGACAUCACCAGUCUGCACCGGAACAAAGUUUCUGCAGCCGGUAACGGGAGUCGCAUGGGUAAGCAGAUCAUACGUAUAUCGGAUGAUGAUAUGUGCUAUUGCCAGUGGCCCGGCAGCUUUCGAUGGGACCCAAGGGAGCCAUUUUUGCAAGGGUACAGUGAAUUUGUCCAAAAUGAAACUAGUUUUAUCCGUGCCGACCGAUACUGAAACUGAUACAAAACGAAACAAUUCAGGAUGGCUGCUCACCGUUCCCUUUUUGCGAUGGGACAUCGCGCGACAACGAACCGGGCUAUCCUUGUUUUCUGUGUCCGCGCUGGAGAGGGUCAGCUCGUGUCUACGAACAGCGU